AUGGAGAAGUUCUGGUUUGUCUUGAUGGAGGACCCUAUAAUCCGCCUUAUGAUACCUGAUAAGAUGGCAGUAGUGUUUAGAAGGGGUUGCCAGAGGUCAGAGGACUGCAAUCUUAGUCAGGAGGAGUCUCUUAAGGAAUCCCAUGAAUGUGUUCCACUGUACAUGUGCAUUGAAUGUGGGAUGAAUUUCCAUCAGUUACAAGAUCUGACUGUGCACCAGGAGAGUCAUUUUAGAUCCAGGCAAUUACAAAUGUGGGAAUAUUAUACCAAUGAAAGACCUUUUAGUGAUGAAGAUUAUGAAAAGCUUUUUAAAUAUUCUGACAGUCUGCUAGUACCCAAGCAGAUGCAAAAGAGAGAGAUGGCCUACAAAUGUACUCAUUGUGAAAUGAGUUUUAUCAGCCUAAGUAACUUAAAAAGACAUGAACAAAUGCAUGCUAUAGGAAAACCUUACAAAUGUAAGGAAUGUGAAAAGAGCUUCAGUCAUUUAUACAAACUCAAUAUACACCAUAGAAUUCACACAGGAGAAAGGCCAUAUAAAUGUAUGGGUUGUGAAAAACGAUUUAGUAUACUUAGUAACCUUCGAAGGCAUGAACGGAUUCAUACAGGCCAAAGACCACAUCAGUGCAAAGAUUGUGGAAAACGAUUCUACCAUCUACAUGAGCUAAGUAUUCAUGAACAAAUUCACACAGGUGAAAAGCGCUACAAGUGUAAUGAGUGCCAGAGGAGUUUUGGAAAUCCAAGUAAUCUCAGAAGACACCGACAAAUCCACACUGGUGACAAACCCAUUAAAUGCAAGGACUGUGAUAGACGAUUCAUCCAGCUGCAUGACCUAAUUAUUCACCAACAAGUUCACACGGGAGAAAAACGCUAUAAGUGUACAGAAUGUGAGAGACGAUUUAGCAACCCAAGUAAUUUAAGAAGGCAUCAAAAAGUUCACUCAGGAGACAAACCUAUUCAGUGUAAGGAGUGUGGGAAGAGAUUCAUUCAGUUUCAUGACCUUGUUAUUCAUCAGCGAGUUCAUACAGGGGAGAGGCCGUAUACAUGCUCAGAAUGUGAAAGGAGUUUUAGUCGGCUAAGCAAUCUAAGAAGACAUCAACAAAUUCACCUCAAGGAAGGAGAGAGACAUCAUGCGUAUUAUGAAUGUGAGAAUACAUCUUCUGCAUUAGCUCAUUUUGUAUCUGAAGUCAUACAAACACAUCCUUUUUAUGUAUAG